AUGGGUCACGAAGAUGCUGUGUAUCUCGCCAAGCUCGCUGAGCAGGCUGAGCGUUACGAGGAGAUGGUCGAGAACAUGAAGAUCGUCGCUUCUGAGGACCGUGACCUUACUGUCGAGGAGCGCAACCUCCUUUCCGUCGCCUACAAGAACGUUAUCGGCGCCCGACGUGCUUCCUGGAGAAUCGUCACUUCCAUCGAGCAGAAGGAGGAGUCCAAGGGCAACUCUUCCCAGGUCGGCCUCAUCAAGGAGUACCGACAGAAGAUUGAGGCCGAGCUCGCUAAGAUCUGCGAUGACAUCCUCGAUGUCUUGGAUAAGCACCUCAUUCCUUCCGCCAAGUCUGGCGAGUCCAAGGUCUUCUACCACAAGAUGAAGGGUGACUACCACCGCUACCUCGCCGAGUUCGCCGUUGGUGAUCGACGAAAGGAGUCUGCCGACAAGUCGCUUGAGGCGUACAAGGCUGCCACCGAGGUCGCUCAGACCGAGCUGCCUCCUACGCACCCCAUCCGUCUCGGUCUUGCCCUGAACUUCUCCGUUUUCUACUACGAGAUCCUGAACGCACCCGAUCAAGCUUGCCACCUUGCGAAGCAAGCUUUCGAUGAUGCGAUCGCUGAACUCGACACCCUAAGCGAGGAGAGCUACAAGGACUCGACUCUCAUCAUGCAACUCCUCCGAGACAACCUGACUCUCUGGACUUCUUCCGAGGCCGAGGCUCCCGCAGAGUCUGCGGCGGCUGCUCCUACCCAGGAAGCCGAGAAGGCCACCGAGACCCCCGCCGAGGAGCCCAAGGCUGCCGAGUAAAGAAAAGCCCGCAUCCCUUACUAGUCUCUAGAUAUCAAAGGGGUCGAUAGUGGACUGGGUGGAAUCUGGUGUCUAUGGAGUGUUUGAUUGAGAACCCUCUAUUUGAGAUUCUGCAUUGUUUUGUUUUUCCUUUUCCCCAUACGGCAAAUGCACAGGCCCAAGACUUUGGAGGGUUCUCUUUUUCCCAUAGGCAAAAGGGCUUAAGAGCUUUUGGGAGGUCUUUCGCAGAAUGCUUGCCCAUUAGACUCUAAUGCAAAUUCGUCUGGACAAUAAACCCCAUACUUUCGACAGCACUCUGUAAUAGCAACGCUACGAGUUCGUGAUAGUCUUGGAAGUGAGGCCUUUGUAGGGUGAUGUUACACCCAAUGGCAAUGGCAAGUGGUAUGACAUCACCUCAACCAGAUGGUUCAUUAGGUAUAAUACGAAACACUUACUUUCCCCAUUCUCGUAUUUGCAUCACGA